AUGGAUGAUGACGAAGGAACAUCAAGCUCCGGACCAGUGUCAUCCUUGAACAGUCUAUUUUCUUUCACCAGUCCAGCAGUUAAAAAACUUCUAGGUUGGAAGCAGGGCGACGAGGAAGAAAAAUGGGCUGAGAAAGCCGUUGACUCGGCGAGUCAACGGCUUUCUCAGCCCAUUUUUCUUCCUCGUCGCCCUGCCUCUAACCUAGAAGUUUUUUAACCGCAGGACUGGUGAAAGAAAAUAGACUGUUUAAGGAUGACAUUGGUCCGGAGCUUGAUGUUUCUUCGUCAUCAUCCAU